ACCUGUUGCCUGUCUGCAGCUGCUGCAUCAGAACCACCUUAGGCCCAGUUCAGCAGAACCUUCUGCUGUUGGGAAUCCAAACAGGUUCUUCUGGAAAUUCAGAAAAUUUCAGCGCUCCUCUUCCUCAUCUGAGGAAGGAUGAAGCUCCUUCUGUCCGCCUGCAGCUGGACCAGAACCAGGACCAGGUUCUAGUUCCAACUGGUUUCAGCUUCCUGGGAUGAGGAAGUGAUGCGGUGGUGACUUCCUGUAAAUCAGCUGGUCUGUCCAGGUCUACGUCCCGGAGCUGAUGUUCUGAUCCAGUCAAAGUUCUCCCGGCUGAGGCCCGGUUCUGCGUUUGGAACCGGCCUGACCAGGGAGUAAUUUCAGAACCCCGAGGUUCGAGCUGGCAUGAAGCAGGAGGAACAAACUGGGUCAGAAAAAUCCUGAUUGCUGAGGGUUUCAUGUUGGUCUUCAUUGUUCAAAAGUUCUGAAAAGUUCUGGCUGCUGGAUCCAUCCAUCCUCUGGUCCUGCUGCUGAGUUCCUGGUUCUGCCCAGCAGGGGGAGCUCUUCCCCCCCAUGGAGGUCAGGGCAGCUGCUGCUGCUGAUCCGCCCUUCCGGAGUCACCGACUCCCUCUCUCUCUCUUUCCUCCCUCUCUCUCUCCCUCUCCUUCCUCUUUCUCUCUCUCUCUCCCCUGCUCUCUUUCGCCUCCUCCCUUCGGUCAGUCCAGCAGCUUUUCCUCCUCUAGCGGCAGCUCCUCCAUCUGUUGCCGUGUGCGGACCGUGCACGCUGCGGAGCCCCAGUGACUGACAGGUGAACUCACCUGAGAAAGACGGAAGUCUCCUGCAGGAUCUUCUCUGGAUACUUUGUCAGUUUUUCUGUUGAUCAGGAUGAAAAGAGUCGAGAGCAGCUCAGGUAGGAACAGGUGUUCAGCGCGUUGUGGAACCGGGCGGUACGGAGCCAAACAACACCCGCCUGAACCGAGGCAGGGAGGAUUUCCUGACUCAGCCCAGGAACGUUCAAGAGUUCAGACGGGUUCAAAUUGAACCGGUUCACGUUCAUAGUUCCGUUGGGUCGUUGGUUUUGUUGGGUCAAUUCUGGGUUGACCCAACAUCGUUGAUCACAGUGUUUGGUUCUCUGCAGAUUCUGAUUGACCCAAUCUGGACCAAGACCACCCACUACGCAGAGAUGUUCUGGAGGAAGGAGGCCGGGACUCUUCUGAUGGUUCUGCUGGUUCUGUUGGACCCGUCCGCCGGGCAUGAGCCUCAGCGGCCCGGGUCGAGGCGGCGCCACGCCAGGGACCAGGAGAGACGGCGCCCGUGGCAGAAUAUCACGCUGGCAGUGAUCCUCCCUCAGAACGCCCGGUACCCCUGGGCCUGGCCUCGGGUUGGACCCGCGGUGGAGCGGGCCGUCAGAACCAUCAACUCUGACCCGACCCUGCUACCUGACCACCGCCUCAGCUACGUGUUCAACAGCAGCGAGGACAGCAACGGGAUCUGCUCCGAGUCGGUGGCUUCGCUGGCGGCAGUGGACCUGAAGCUGGCCCACGACCCGUGGGCGUUCAUCGGCCCCGGCUGCUCCUACGCCGCCGCGCCGGUCGGCCUGUUCACCGCCCACUGGGAUGUCCCCAUGAUCACGGCCGGGGCCACGGCCGUGGCGUUCUACAACGGCGUCUACCCCUCCAUCACCAACACGGGCCCCACCCACAAGAAGCUGGGCCGGUUCGGCCUGCGGGUCUGCCUGGAGUCCGAGUGGAGGGAACACGUGGCACUGGUGUUCAGCGACCACAAGUACGAUGACCGGCCAUGCUACUUCGCCAUCGAAGGUCUGUACGAGGAGCUGAAGGCGUUCAACAUCAGCACCCAUCACAGUGUGUUCGAGGAGAAGGAGAUCAACUACGCGCAGAUCCUCGCCGACAUCCAGAACAGCGGCCGCGUGAUGUUCGUCUGCUGCUCUGCUGACGUCUUCAGGAAGUUGCUGGUCCACUUCUGGCGGGCCGACCUUCCUCACAACGAGUACGUCUUCCUCUUCAUCGACCUGUUCGCCGACAGCCUGGGCUCCGGAGGCCGGUCGCCGUGGGAACGAGGCGACGAAGACGAUGCCACCGCCAAGGAGGCCUUCCAGGUAAGAGCCGCUCUCCACCAAUCAGCAGGAGGCCAGACUUUCACCUAAUGAGAGGAACCUGGAGACGUUCUCCUGCUGGCUGUCAGUCGGAACCGGGCCGGGCGGAACCAGCUGAAACUGGAACCAAGGAAAAAUGGAUUGUUCUGGUCCAGUUGGUGCAGUUCCAUGAGAAACCAUCA